UGAUUUUAUAUUAUUCAUAACCACGACCCCGCGAGGAGCAUGUUGCAGAAUCGUAGGUCAGUUUGUCAGUUGUUCUACAUUCUUGGAACUUGGUUGUAAUAACCUUGUUCAGGUAGUUGAUACGGUCGGUGAAGGUGGUUCGAAUUCGAAUCGUAGUCGAAUAAUAAUUAUUUAUUAAUAGUGAGGUGUUUUAUAAAAAUAAUAGACUAUUAUGAACUUUGAAGACUAUGAAACGCUUCCCACGAACAAUGUUUCUACGCACAUGAUGGCUGGUGCCUUUGCAGGAGUGAUGGAACAUUGCGUAAUGUACCCUUUAGAUUCUGUCAAGACGCGAAUGCAGAGCCUGUCACCUGCGAACGCGCCGUACCGAGGCAUAGCGGAGGCACUACACCGCAUGGUGGUCCACGAGGGAGUGCUGAGGCCCGUACGGGGCAUUGGUGCCGUGGUGGUCAGCGCAGGCCCCGCCCACUCGCUCUACUUCAGCUGCUACGAAUACCUCAAAGACUCGCUCGCUCACCGCAUGAACCCACACAUAGCUCACGGAGCGGCAGGAUGUGUAGCGACAGUCCUUCAUGAUGGCAUCAUGACUCCAGCAGAUGUGGUGAAACAAAGGAUGCAGAUGUACAACAGUCCGUACAAAUCGCUCAGUGAGUGCAUACUAAGGCUAUACCGCACCGAGGGCCUGCGUGCGUUCUACCGAUCGUACACGACAACGCUGGCGAUGAACAUUCCGUUUCAGAGCAUCCACUUCAUGGUCUACGAGAUGGCGCAGUCGCUCACCAAUCCGGACCGCGUCUACAACCCCGCCGCGCACAUGAUGUCGGGCGCCGUUGCCGGUGGACUUGCGGCAGCCAUCACCACGCCGCUUGACGUGUGCAAGACGCUGCUUAACACGCAACAGACUGGGGCUAGAGUAUAUGGUAUGAUGAACGCAAUUAAGAUGGUGUACACACUAGGAGGGCCGUUGGGCUAUUUCAAAGGCAUCAGCGCCAGAGUCCUUUAUCAGAUGCCUUCAACCGCCAUCUGUUGGUCGACGUAUGAAUUUUUCAAAUACUUCCUGACGAGCAGGGGGCUCAUUUCAGACUCGCAUAGUGACUCGGCCGACAGGAAUGAAAUUGAGCCGACCAUCCCGAAGAGCAGCUUUGGUUCAUCAUCACUAAGCGACAACCGGCCGUCGGUCAGCGGUCUCUCAGUGGGCGUCGCGCGGGAACUUCCCUUUCUGUCAGGCACAGGCAUACAAGGCGCGCUCUCUCUCACCACCGUACACACAGCUGACAGCACGCAUGCGUCGUCCUCUCUGCUAGACAUCACGCAUAGUUGAAUCACUCCUCCCCCCCUCUCAUCAUCAUUCAUCAUCAUCAUCAUCAACCUUGCUCGACUUUUGAUUGGCGUUAAGUUUGACCGCUGUUUAGAUGGGUGUCGAUUACAUGUGCAUUGAGCUAGCUGAAUGUAGUGACGCUAGGUCGUCAAGUAUUAUAACCAAUCGAACAUUGAUUAACAGAUCACUAGUAUUUUUUUCUCUAGUGAGAAACUGAUUCAGGGGGACUUUUUUCAGUUAAACUGUAUAAACAGGUCACUAGUAUUUCUUCUCCAGUGAGAAACUGAUUCAUGGGGGGAGUCCGGUCUCACAAGGUGUCAAACUAUCAACCUGAUAAACUGAAAAACUCCAAUAAAUAACAACCAAAACUGAUUCAUGGGGUCUUGUUUCAGUUGAAUUGUUUAAACAGUUCACUAAUAUUUCUUCUCUAGUGAGAAACUGAUUCAGGGUGACUUACUUGUUUCAGUGACAGGUCACUCACUAGUAUUUCUUCUCCAGUGAGAAACAGAUUCAGGGGGACUUGUUUCAGUUGAACUGUAUUAACAGGUCACUAGUAUUUCUUCUCCAGUGAGAAACUGAUUCAGUGGGACUUGUUUCAGUUGAACUGUAUUAGCAGGUCACUAGCAUUCCUUCUCUAGUGAGAAAUUGAUUAAGGGUCUUGUUCCAGUGGAACUGGAAAGACUGUAUAUGUUUCUCACGGUUUGGUUUUGGUUUGCAUCUGCACAUGCGUUGACACAGGAAUUUCUAUAUAGAUAUAUAGGAGGUCGUGGUUGACAAAUUUAUCUUGAAGCAAUAGUGACGUUAAAUCAUCUCUAGUAUUAUAACCAACCAAACAUGAUGAUGUAUUGUUCAAGAGGUCACUAGUAUUGUUUCACUAGUUUUAGGGGAAAAUAUCCAACGAAUAAGUCUCAGUGAAACUGGGAAGACCGUAAUAUAAGCUUAUAAAGAAUUUCCAAACCAUAGAAACAAAUUUCCUGAGUUGAACCACCUUAAUAUCCAUUGGAGUAGCUGGAUACUACUCUCACAUAUUCAGUGACAUGUGAUUCGUCAUCACAUUCUAUCAGAUUUUGAAUUUGUUGAGCGAUUGAAUAAUAAUUGUCAACAAAUCUAAAUGCCACUCAUUGAUGUAUUAACAUGAAAUACUGAAACUUCCAAUUGCAUAAUAUCUAGUCAAUAAAUUGCUUACUGAUACUAAAAAGCAUCUCACUAGUAUAACAUGUGAUAAUAAUUUUGUGUCUACAAUGUGCAUUUAAACUAUUUUGGAUCCACCUAUUAGCAGUUUUGAAUAUGGUGGCAAACCCCGUACAAUUUUUAAAUGAAUCCUGUUAAAAAAGUCAUUAUUGUCAAGUUUGUUGCCAUAAGAUAUAUCAAUUGAAUGAUGAUUAUAUUCAACUGGAGCCAAUUUUAAUUUGUGUUUAAUCAAAGCUCAAAUGAAAUUAUCAUAAAUAAUAAUUAUAUCUAUUGAGCUGCAGCCAAUUAAAGUUUUUGUUUGCUCAUAUAUUUAUCAAUAUUUUGCGAAUAAUGUUCAAAAUUAAUACAUAUUUUUCAACCGGAUAAAGUAUGAAUCGUUUAAUGGGUAACAAAGUGUGUGAAAUGGAAAUCAACUUAUUCAAGACUCUUCGAAAAAUGUUAUUUUUAAAUUUACAUGAUUAUUCUUGCUGAAUUCGGCAUUCAAACUCCAAUUUCCUUAAUAUGACUUUAGUCACCAGUAUUCGAAAAAGUGAACAAUCUUUUCAUUUACAAUCAAAUAUUAAGAUCAUUAAUGAAUGAUUGAUUAUUGGAAUUAUUUGAUUAAUAGCUGAUUUUUCUGUUUUUCAACUUUAUUUUUUUUUUUGUAAAAGUGGAAAUUUUCUUUGAAUAUUUGGGUAGUUAUAACCUACUAUGAUGGCUGAUUUAUGUACACUAAAUCAAGUCUCUUUUCUGUAUAGGGCUACUUGUAAUAUAAAUAGAAAAAAAUAAAAAAUCUCAGUACCCUUUUUGAAUUAUUUAAUCACAACAUUUUUCAACAUUGAUGCCAUUUCAAAAACAUGUUGUGAUUAAAUAAUUCAAAAAGGGUACUGAGAUUUUUUAUUUUUCUUUCUAUUUACUAAAUCAAGUAUUUAGGGAAAGGCUCAUGAUAAUUUUAUUAUUGAAGAUUUAUGUUUAAUUUAAAUCAAGCUUAUGCUUGCCAAACUUGUACCAGGUACAGGCAUAAAUGUAUUAUAUAUUAUAAAUGUACGUUAUUAUAAUAAAGGCUACACAAAAAUAUCUUUAAAAUGUUUUUGAAAUGUAUUCAGACGUAGGCCUACUCCUCAAAUCAUUUGUUAUGUCACUGAUCACUUGUUAUUCUAUUGUAACUAUUUUUACAAUGAUUUAAAAACAUAAAAAUUGUACUUUGUUUCGUUGAAUUCUUCUCAGAUUGAGAUGAUUUUCCGUCUAAUACAGGAUAAAUAUUCCUUUAUCAUGUCCUAGUCCAAUUUGAUGAAUUGGUUAAUUAUUAUCAUGCGUUCAAUUUGAGUCAUUUCGAUUGCUCUAUUUUGAAUAUUUUUUCAUAUAUUUCUACUCAAUGUUGUUCAAGAUCUGAAUCUAUUCCAUUAUACACAAUGCAUUCUCAUUCAGAUUCACAAUUCUCAAAUAUACAUUUUUUCGUGCAAAUACUGUAAAAUAAAAAACUAGUGAUCUGGUUAAUCUAAUCUGAAUAGCUUGAUACGUCGCAUGAUUGUCAUAUAGAUAGAUACGGUACCAACACCAAUUUACACAGUUUAUAUGAAUAGAUUAGUAAUGCUCUAUUAUAAAAUACCAGUAUUUCAUUAAAAUGUGAGUCAAACUUAACGCCAAAAACAUGUAUAUGACUAUGUCUGUGUAUUUUUGUUCGAAAUUUGCAAAAAUGGAAGUGGAAUCGACGCAAGCCGGCUGAGGACUCGACGCCUGUGACUCAUGCGAAGAACGUUUAGUCAUAGUAUUCGUGCUCACCGAUUGUUCAUUAAAUUAUUCGAUCGAUUUUGUUUUAAAAUCGAUAUAUUCGAUCAUUGAAGUGCUGUUGUGUUGUGCCCCAACAUGGAAACUGCGACUCAUGCGAAGAACGUUUAGUCGUGGAUAAAGUGUUGUCAAAUCUCCGCAACAGUUAUAAUCACUUUUGUUUAUUUGAAAGUGUGAAAUAUCUUUGUUAUUCUCCUCAAAGAGGAAAUCACCCGAAAACGUAAGGAAGCUUUUUGUGACUCAUGUUGUCAAAAUUGUUUCAUCAUGAAUAUAAUUAUUCACUCAUGUUAUUUUCACAAAAAUAUAUUAUCAUGUUUUCGCAUUUUGUUAUUACUAUUUCACCUAUUUGUUAUUCGACCAUCCAUUAUUCUAUGCUAGAUAACCGAUCUUGGUUAUAAAUUUUUAUAAUGUAUAUAGUUUAUCAUGUGAUUUAGUUUACUUUUCUCGAUGUUGCAUUUUAGUUGAAUCAAAAUUAUUAGUAUGCAUACAUUUUGUUUAAUGAUUGAGGUAUCUGAAUUACGGUACUGCAAUAUGUUUGUCUUGAUUCCAAGAAUUCAGAUUUAUAAAUUAAUUAUAGCUUUCAAACAACUCCACUACUUUUAUGCUGAUACAAAUAGCCUUCCUCCACUAUUUCAAUUGUUUUAUUAAUUUAAAUUGAUAGGAAUAAUAUUCAAAGUAGAUUGUUCUGACAUUCUUUCUACUCAAACUUCCCAUGUUUUCAAUCAUAUAAUCACUGAAAAGAAAGUUUAAAGGAAGGCCUGUUUUUCUACUCAAUAACCAUCCUCAACCACUGAACGAGACAAUUUUGAUUGAUUUAAUUGUCUCCAGUGAAGCUCAUGUGUCUGAGAAUUUGAUAAAAUGAUUUGAAUUUGUGGAAUAUUAUUAAACAUUCAUAUUACCAUCAUUAGAGCUUGCUUUCAACUUUCUAUCGUCUUUAAUUUUGUAAUUCGUCGAUUGGUAUGUUUCAAUGCCGUAAAUAACAUUGAAUUAUUUUGUCCAUUUAGAGGAAUGGUGAAUGAUUAAUUUUUUUAGAUCAAGACAAUCCUCUUGGGCGUUAUUACGACCGUAACAUACACCAGCAUCUUAACAUGUGAAAAUCUUUAGAAAUCGAUGUUUGAAAAUAAUUAAUUUAUUUUUCUUGAUUGACUUCUUAGCUUUAAUGUCUAGAUUCAGAGAAUGGCCUCAUAAGAAUAAUUAUGUAGAACGGUCCUAUUAGUUACAAUAACUUACUAUUUAAUCAAAAUAUUAUUACAACAAGAAAAGAUUAAUUUCGAUUUUGAUGAAAUUAUAUGAACUUUUUUUGUUUUUAUACUCUUAGACAUGAGUCGCGAAAGUUAAAAUCUUGUAGCUGGAUCUAGCAGCCUACGAUAGAGAGCUAUUUUCAAAUGGUGCUUGUAAUAUUAAAAUUCAUCUUCCUUAAAGUCUAAAAUCACACUGGUUUACACAAUUUCUAAUGAAAUGUUGGUAAUUGAAAAUGUAUUUGUUGGAAAGGAAUGUAAAUUUGUAAAAUUUGUUGUAGGCAUAGUGUUGCGAGUUUACUGUAAAUAUAUGAAUAGAAAUUCAAGUACACUUUCAUCCUGUUACUUGGGAAAAUGUAUCCCUAUUACUAAAAUAAAAAGAUGAUUAAAAAAG